CCUUUAAGAGGGGGCGGAUUAACCAUUAAGCAGACUAAGCACGUGCUUAGGGCACCAGGGCCAAAGGGGGCACCACAAAGUUGGGAAAAGGGUGAAAAGAAAAAAAACGAAUGAAGAUUUGUAAAAAAUUCCGUAUCUCCACUUUUUAUGUAAUUGUUGAAAAGUUAGAAACGGAAAUGAGGAGACGAAAGGUGUCACUGAAAUAGCAGACAGAUUCUCUUGUCUGACAGAUGUUCCUAAUGCCACCCAACAAGGUGCUAAUUCCCAAUUAUCACAAAGUGAAAGGUACUCAAAGACUUGUCAGACACUCAUUGAUGGUUAUCCAGAUGACAUGAACAACACUUUGUCUACAGAGCUUCAGCAGUUCCAUUCACAUGUUCUUCAUAAGUUUAAAACAACCAAGAAAACAUCUUUCACUCACAAGGAACUUUACAACACAAUUACAGAAGACAAACUAGAGAGUGCCUUUCCAAAUGAUGAAAUUGCCUUAAGAAUAUUUUUAACAUUAAUGGUCAUCAACUGCACAACAGGUGUGAUGAUGUAAUGCCAGGGAUAUCCUCCGAUUUGCAAUGCACUUUCAAGACAAGCAACUUCAAAUAGAACUGGUGGGCAAUCUGCAAAAGAGACAUUUCAUCCAAAUGAAGAGGAGGCCACAAAUGGCAUUGAUUCACACGGUGUCUAUUGCAUUGCUGAAGAAACUUGGCUUGCACUGCAGAUUUCAAAGUACCGGACGACCCACUGCUCCUCUUGGCUCCCGAAUUUUAUCUGAUCCCAGCCGAGUGUUUGAGCACAAUAUGUGGGAUCACAUGCAAUGGACUCCAGAGCAGGAAGCUCUUGCUAGACAAAAAGCUGAAGAAAAUUCUAGUGUUAAAGUCUCAAUAGAAGAACAAGUCAAAUACGAUAAAGAUGCCUGUAGUUACUGGAAUGAAUUCUACAGAGCUCACCAAAACAAAUUCUUCAAAGAUCGUAGAUGGUUGUUCAUGGAAUUUCCCGAGCUCCUGCCACACAGAACACACGAGUGUAAUGAAGUUGUCCUUGAACCGGAAAAGACUUCCAUAUUAUUUUCUCCCGUUUGCUCGCAGAUGCAAACAAAAUUGGACAGUGUUAACAAGACCCAUGCUGAACAGGCAGUUGAAACUGUGGAGAAAGCAGAAUCUGUGCAGAGAACAAGGAAAACAAAUGAUGACAUGAACUUGGAGCAUAAAGGACAAGACUGGAAAUGGAUGGACAGACAAAAGAAUCAAGGAUAUUUUCCUGGUAUUGACUUCACCUUCAAAAUAUUUGAGGUUGGAUGCGGUGCAGGAAACAGUGUUUUUCCUAUCUUGAGUAAAAUUCGAGAUUCCAGUACAUUCCUUUAUUGUUGUGAUUUUUCAACACAUGCCGUGCAUCUGGUGACGUGUCACCCUUUAUACAAUGCAUCCCAGUGUCAUGCCUUUGUUCAUGAUAUGUGUGAUGAAGCAACUUCCACUUACCCGUUUCCAGAUGGAAGUAUUGAUGUCAUUCUCCUUGUAUUUGUGCUUUCUUCUAUUCAUCCAGAAAGGAUGCAGAUGGUAAUAAAUAGAUUGAGCAAGUUACUCAAACCUGGAGGAAUGAUAUUGUUUCGGGAUUAUGGUAGAUAUGAUUUGUCUCAGCUUAGAUUGAAGAAAGUGACUCAGGUCAUGCGCAACUCCAUGACAAACGUCCCAGAAAAUCAUGACGAUUGUCGUUGUUUGUUUGGAAACUUUUAUGUACGAGGGGAUGGUACUUGUGUCUACUUCUUUACUAAUGAAGAGAUUGCACGUAUAUUCAUCUCGGCAGGUUUGAAAGAAGUUCAAAAUGUAAUGGAUCGACGACUCCAAGUUAACCGCAAAAAGAAAGUUGCAAUGCAUCGUGUUUGGGUGCAAUGCAAAUACCAAAAACCAUUCACAAAAGAUUUACAUUAAAGUUGCAGAUAUUUUUUAGAUUUCCUUAAAUUAAUAUUGCUAGUGUCUUUGGCUUUGCACUGUGCAGUAUGGCGGUUACAUCCCUCCUUUGAAUUGGCAAGUGAUACAAAAGUUUCUAUUUGAUAUUCUUGAUGUAUAGGUCCAUUUCACUUUUGAAUUCAAAAAAUACAUGAGUGUACUGAA